AUGGCCCUUAUCCACCCUGAAUCGGCUCUCGCUCUAGCUGUUGCUGCUGCCGCUUGCUUUGGCGACGCUGCACAAUACUUCUGGGACGUUCCGAGCUGGCUCGCCUGCUCGCCAGCAAGUUCCACUCCGUUUGAAUGGCUGACGGAGUGGACGGAUGCUGAUGAAAUCGAGUUGAGAAGCGGCUCUGCCAAGAGCAGCUCAACUCAAAAUGACGAAGAUGAGCUUCUGCCGCUGCUGCUGCUGGCGGAUUACGAUCUGGUGGACCCUCGUGAGUUUAUAACCACUGAAUGGACGCCAGAGGAUGAGGCGUACCUGAGAACUGGUGUUCUCAGCCUUGGUGACAGUGAGAGUGACUGCGAAUGGCUGACAGAAAAUUCGCAGGUGGACCCCUCUGAGUUCAUCACCGAGUGGACAGACGCUGAUGAAGCGUAUCUGAGAGACACGACUCUCAGGUGCUUCUCAGCACCGACACCUUUAAAGCCGGCAGUCAAAGUUGCAGCUUCCAGGCCAGCAGCAAAGGUUGCAGCUUCCAAGCCAGCAGCAAAGGCUGCAGCUUCCAAGCCAGCAGCAAAGGCUGCAGCUUCCAAGCCAGCAGCAAAGGCUGCAGCUCCCAAGCCUGCAGUCAAGGCUGCAGCUCCCAAGCCUGCAGUCAAGGCUGCAGCUCCCAAGCCUGCAGUCAAGGCUGCAGCUCCCAAGCCUGCAGUCAAGGCUGCAGCUCCCAAGCCUGCAGUCAAGGCUGCAGCUCCCAAGCCUGCAGUCAAGGCUGCAGCUCCCAAGCCUGCAGUCAAGGCUGCAGCUCCCAAGCCUGCAGUCAAGGCUGCAGCUCCCAAGCCUGCAGUCAAGGCUGCAGCUCCCAAGCCUGCAGUCAAGUUUGCAGCUCCCAAGCCUGCAGUCAAGGCUGCAGCUCCCAAGCCAGCUGCAGCUUGCAAGGCUGCAGUGAAACCAACAGCAGCUCCUGCCACGGCCAGUGCCAGUGCUUCUCGUGUGGCGCCUCUGAGGCAAACAGUGCAGAAGGGGUCGCAGGGAAGAACAAGGAGGUCAAGUGGGUAA